AUGCCGGUGCUUGGUUUGCUCGUGCUGGCAUGCAUUGUAUUGCUUCUCGCAGUGCCGCUCUUCCUCAUCCUCUGGUUGAAGCUCACAGCUUACCGGUUGGCAGCACGCUCUGGUCUCUCAAAGGCAUUGGCAGGCAAGGAAACGGUGGCCUUUUUCCAUCCCUAUGCAAAUGCCGGCGGUGGCGGCGAACGAGUUCUCUGGUGCUGCCUGCGAUCUGUACAGCAAAACCAUCCGGGCGUGGCCUGUGUGGUGUACACAGGGGACGUGGACGUCACAGCCGCGGACUUGCUUGAAUCUGCACGGCAACGGUUUGGAGUGGCGAUCAAUGCGUCAGGUGUCCACUUUGUCUUCCUGACCCGAAGACACUGGGUCGAGGCUUCAUCGUGGCCUCGCUUCACGCUGCUUGGACAGAGCUUGGGCUCGCUGAUCCUCGGCUGGGAGGCGGUCUGCCAGUUCCAACCAGACAUAUUCGUGGAUUCGAUGGGCUAUGCUUUCACCUUGCCAUUGUUUCGUCUGCUGAGCAGCUGCCGAGUUGGAUGCUAUGUUCACUACCCAACCAUCUCGACAGACAUGUUAGAGCAGGUGCGUGGCCGAAGAAGCGAUGCUGUGUGCAAUGAUGCCAUGGUGGCACGCUCUAACAUGCUUUCAGCGGCGAAGCUGCUGUACUACAAAGCCUUCGCCGCGCUGUAUGGUUUGGCCGGGAAGUCUGCGGAUGUUGUCCUAGUCAACUCUUCAUGGACUCGCGGUCACAUCGAUGCCUUGUGGGCUAUGCCAGACAGAACUUGUACAGUGUAUCCGCCGUGUGACACAGCGGCCUUGGCAGCCCUAGCGCUCGACCGAGCGGCGAAGGACUUCUCUGGCAAGCUGGUGCUUUCUCUUGCUCAGUUUCGACCGGAGAAGAACCAUGCCCUCCAGCUGAGGUCCUUUGCGAGGUACAAGAACCAGACGAAAAGCGGCGGAAGUGCAGCUGUGCGGCUUAUUCUUGCAGGAGGCUGCCGGGAUGCCGCAGACCGUCGCCGGGUCCAGGGCUUGCAGAAGUUGUGCGGCGAGCUCGGUCUACGUGAGGAAGGUCCCGAGACCGAGGGCGACUGGGACGUGAGCUUCAGGACGAAUGUGCCCUUGAAGGAGAUGCAGACCUUGUUGUCUCAGGCCGACAUCGGUUUGCACACCAUGCGCGACGAGCACUUCGGCAUUUCGGUGGUGGAGUUCAUGGCUGCUGGUGCAGUGGUCAUCGCGCACAACUCGGCUGGGCCUGCCAUGGACAUAGUGACGCCCUUGUCUGAUGGACGGCGGACGGGCUUUCUUGCGAAUGAUGACGAAGACUAUGCACUCAAACUUCGCGAAGCUCUGGACGAGACGAGUACAGCAGAGCGACUCGAAAUCGCCAAGGCAGCACGGGAGGCAGUUCGACAUCGCUUCUCCCAGGAAGCCUUCGAGGAGAGCAUAGCCCAACGCCUCAUUGCGCCGCUGAGGGGGCCCAGGGACAAGGACCUGUGA